GGAGAAGGAGCACUGCUCUCUCAGACUGCAUGUGUGACCGCUUGAGGCAACACUGACUGGUUCUUGCUCUUGAGCUCCGUUUUGCGUAAAAUGCGCGUUUUCAUUUUUACGCACGGACAUAGUGUGUAAGCGCUCAAGGUCGGAAUUUAAAGGUCAACUAAAAACUUAAUUACUAAACUGGUUAUUUCCACAGUGACGCUUUCAGGAACACCUAUACAGUUACGUGAGCGGAAGAUUGCGCGUGCAGCGGUGACGCUUUCUGAAACUUCCAGUCGUUGUUUUUACGUUUGGCACGGGAUCUUGAACUUUGCUGUGUUAUGAUUUAGAUUGAUAUUCUGUGGUUUAACGUGAGUUCCUGUCUCAAACCGCAAAAUGGAUCCUGUACUUAAUUCAACCGAUCAGCCAAAUUGGACCACCAGCCCCAAUGACACUAAUAACGGGACUCUUUACCACAACCAGUUCGUUCAGCCAGUCUGGAGAAUUGUGCUCUGGGCCAUCGCGUACAGUUGUAUAGUCAUUGUGUCCGUUGUAGGUAAUGUUACAGUGAUCUGGAUUAUCAUGGCGCAUAAACGCAUGAGGACCGUAACCAACUAUUUUUUGCUGAACCUGGCGUUCGCCGAAGCCUCCAUGUCCGCCUUCAACACGGUCAUCAACUUCACCUACGCAGUGCACAACGAGUGGUACUUCGGACUGGUCUACUGCCGCUUCCACAACUUCUUCCCCAUCGCGGCUGUGUUUGCCAGCAUCUACUCAAUGACUGCCAUCGCUCUGGACAGGUACAUGGCCAUCAUCCACCCUCUGCAGCAGCGUAUGUCAUCCACAGAGACCAAAGUGGUGGUGGGGGUGAUCUGGGUGCUGGCUCUGCUCCUGGCCUUCCCCCAGUACUACUACUCUAACACGGACCAGCUCCCCGGUCGGACGGUGUGCUUCAUCGACUGGCCCGAAUACGAUUUGUGCGACUUCAAAAAGAUGUACUAUGUGUGUGUGACCAUCCUGAUCUAUUUCCUUCCUCUACUGGUGAUGGGUUGUGCUUAUCUGGUGGUGGGAUUGACCCUCUGGGCCAGCGAGAUCCCUGGAGACUCUUCUGAUCGCUACAAGGAGCAGCUGACCGCCAAACGAAAGGUUGUGAAGAUGAUGAUCGUGGUGGUGUGCACGUUUGCCCUCUGCUGGCUGCCCUACCAUGUUUACUUCCAGCUGCACCAGUUCUUCCCUGAUAUGUUUGAGGAGAGGUUCAUCCAGCAGGUCUACCUGGCCAUCAUGUGGCUAGCCAUGAGCUCAACCAUGUACAACCCCAUUAUCUACUGUUGCCUCAACGACAGGUUUCGUGCUGGUUUCAAACAAGCCUUCCACUGGUGCCCCUGCGUCCCUAAAGGCUCGUACGAAGGGCUGGAACUCAAGUCCACUCGCUACCUGCAGACCCAGACCAGCGUUUACAAGGCCAGUCGGAUGGAGAGCACCGUGUCUACUGUUCUUCAGGUGAGGGACGACAUGGAGCAGCCCAAGGUCAAGGCAAUGGCAUGUCCAGGACCCUGUAUCGCUGCGGUCGGGGCCAGGCCACAUAGCUCCUCCCUGGACCUGACGUCCAACGGGUCAUCAUCCCGGAGCGUUUCCAAAACGGUGUCAGAAACGUCCAGUUUCUACUCCAGUAACAACCAGCAGGAAUAGACCACAAACACACAGAGAGCAGAGGGAGAGUAUGAGUUGACUGUUCACAUUGCCUGCCUGUGUUCAUGCAAAUGUGCAGGGUUAAUGUGUGAGCUUGUCUGCAAGUGACUGUGGCAGAAUUUUUGAUGACUACAUUUCUAGCGUGUCCAUUGGAGUUCUGUUAGGUCAGAUAUGCCCUUGUGUAAAGUACUCCCACUUCUGGCAGUGAAUGAUCAACUGGCAUGUGAGGGGUUUGAUCUUUGCCACAAUGUGACAAUGUGCAUUUCAACAACUUGAGUACAUUCCAGUUCAAAAGCUGAGCUGAGGCAGACGCUGGCACCUUCAAGCACCUUCACAGCCUCUGCUUGUCACACCAGCCUUCUCUCGGAGCAGGGAGAAGGUUCACACAUCCUCACUCACACAAGCUGUGUGACAUCACACAGUCUAUUUUAGAGAGGAGCGAUAUCCUCAGAACAGCAUGCUCUGAACACAGCCGCCUCCCGUUUUAAAAGGGCCGGUUCUUUGCGAGGAGACAGGAAGUUUACAGGAAGUUCUCUACACCUGUAGCAGGGAAGACGUGUAUCUCUGUGUGUGUGUGUGUGUGUGUGUGUGUGUGUGUGUGUGUGUGUGUGUGUGUGUGUGUGUGUGCGUGUGCGUGUGCGCAUGUGUGUGUGUGUGUGUGUGCGUGUGUGUGAGAGAGAGAGAGAGAGUGAUGAGCAGAAUGUCAACUUUGUCUCCCCGAGCAGAAGUUCAUCUCCUCCAGCUGUCUGGCUGACGGAGACCUCUGAGCACCUGCAGACAUUGCUGAAAAGUUCUGAAAAUCACCUGAAACUCCGGUAGCAUCUGGCUCAGCUUUCCUCUGAGCUCCGAGCAUCACCUUUGAAAGUGGUGCUCCAGAUUCUGAAGAGGCCAAUAGCGGGCCUCAAGUAAACACACUAGCAGAAAAAACAUCCAGUGCGAGCCAUGAGUCUCACACUCAGUCCUUUGUGACACCUCUAAACCCACACAGCUCUGGCAGGUAGCUGUCAGAUCGGCAAAGCACAGCAGAUGAAAUGUUUUAGUUUCCUUAAGAAUCAAUACACUUUCACAGUAAUAACUGUCCCACCAGCUGCCUGUCAGUCUAACCUGCUCCAUCAGCUUUUCUUGGCCGUGUCCUGAAUACAAGACUCUGUAAAACAAAAUAAUGUUGAAUUACCUGCUUCUCUCUUUACGUAGCUGCUCUGUCCUUCCAGCUGGCACUUACAUGCUCAUGCAGUGAUUCAGCUGGAUUACAUUUACACCUCAAAGUCAUGUGUCUGUGGUUUGUGUGCAUCUGUGGUUCUGUAGGUGACCAGAUCUAUACCCCCUUUUUCAGACAUGAACUCACAACAACGCAGCAGGAGAUUCUCCAUUCAGACUGCAAUGAUUACAUAUUGUUGUUUACAGCCAGCGACCCCGGCCCUUAUCACCAAAAGCUCUCCUGAGAUCUUCUUCGGCGUCCUGUUCGUGUAUAGCACUGAGAUAUUUUGAUUAUUUUUUGGAAUGUUCUUUAUUUCUUGUUUUUUUGUUUUUGUAUCUAUGCGCCUCCUCGAUCGCUGCAAAUCCUCUGGAGGAUCUCCUGCUGUGUUCUCACGUGAGGUCACUUGAACAUCAUCUGGAAUUCUUAUUAGGAGGCUUGCUAGAGAAAGUCAGGAGCCUCACUCGGAUGUUUGCGUUCUCGCGUACAUCCCCAGAGAAUGUCAGGAGAUUCUUCAGUUAUCAGUUCAUGUCUGAAAGCAACUAUUCUCACAUUAUAUAUAUAUAUGUUGUUGUUAUCUCCUAAAUGUAAUCCGGUCAUGCAAGACACAUGUUCAUUUAAGGUUUAUGGGCUUCAUAGAUGUUUUAGCCUGGAACGCCUGUUAGAGUGUAGCUCUCUUAUGUGUAGUGAUGUGCCUUGCUGAUGAGCUUGAUGUCUGUAAAAGGUCAAGGGGAGCAGAGGAGCAGCUCGCUCUGCUGGGGUCCAGGAAAAGGACAAUUAGAAAACACGGGCUAUGGAAGCUCACUGUGACAAAUUGUCUGUACCCUCCUUCAGUGGUUAACACUCACACACACACACGCACACACACAGGAACAUAUUACCACUGUGAAAAAUCUUGGCAGUGGAUUUGAAUGCAAGCCUGGGUCACAGCAUUCUUUGUCAAACUGGUUUAAUAAUGUGGCAAUUUUUUUUAUUUAGUUUCAACACACUUCAGAUGUUCUAUCAUAUCAGUCAAACUUCCUUCACCAUAUUCGAGAUACUCACUUGCAACAUGUUUCAAGCAUAUUUGUAUAAUUCAUAAGGGAAGUUAAAGCAGAAUAUUUGUCUACAAUUAUCCUGUGGUGACGUUAAUAACUAAAUCCACAAUAUUUGCAAAUUUGCUGUGUACAUAACAAACACAGUGAGGCAGCAUCAGACAAGGACACAAGAUGAUGUGCACGUCUCAGAGUUUAUUCAUUGGAAAUUAAUUCAGUGUUCUCACAUUAUUAUCAGGAUUCAUAUGUGAGACAAAUCCGACGUGCUUUUCAAGGUUGAUAUUCUUUGCAGUGUGCAUGCACCACACAUGCACUCACAUAUGUAGCAUGGUCACCUGUUGACACCUAUCAUAACACACACACACACACACACACCCUACAACAUUCAUCUGCCUGACGCCCAGUCUAUUCUCAUCACACAAAGCCUGUUGUUGUAAAUUCCACAGUCAGAUGACAUGAAACUGAGGAGCAGAGGUGAAGCAACAUGACUUUAUUGGAAUUACAAUGACAGUCAGUAUUAUAUCACUUUAUUCAGCACGUACAAGGCUUACCAUUACAUUGUCUGGCUGACAUGGAAACAUAAUCAGAACUAAAUGAACGAGAGGUCAAUUUCAGUGCAGAGAGAAAAUGAAGGGCACACACCAAACAUUAGUCUGCAUAUAUAAAAUAUGAACUUGUCAUCUCCUUUAUCUACAUUCUACUAUUCCAUCAAGGCUUGUAUAUAAAAAUAAUACAUCCCGCAGAGCUUUUGGAUAAUGUAUGUCCUGAAAUUGUACUACUGGACUUCAUGGUCAUAGAUCGCUGGCUUUGAUGCAGCAAGCUAACACAUGGUCAUACACCAGCUUCAGUCAUAGCUCAUUGGGCCAUUCAUUCCAAAGUAAGUAGAUGUGGAAAAAGGACAUUUUACCACAAAACUUUGUCUUAGAUAAGAUUAUUUAUUUACAAAUACAAAUACGGUUCGACGGUGGUUAUGUCCUGAAGCUUCUGUAAUUUUAAUUAUGACAUAUCCCUGGAUUUGCUACGAGAAUAGAAACGCGAUAAGUUAAGGAACACAGUAAGAGCAGGCCCUAUUAAAAGAACAUUAAAAUGAAAUAAGUCAUUCCAUUCCAUUCAGUCAGAUACAGUGGGCCCUAUCCUACACCUGGUGCAACAUGGCCAAGUGCAACUCAAGGACCUUUGCUUGUUUUAUUAGCAAAUAGACCCAAGCACCCAAAGGUGUGUGUUGUUUAAAUGAGUGUUCUGGGGAAAUGUUGGUGCACUUCUAUCAUGAGCUUUCGUCAGCUGCUCUCUGGGGGCAUUCAGUCAUUGUAGUUAUUACUGGUACAUAGCCAGACACACACCUAGUGUACACUCUGCUUGUUAUACACAGUGACUCACUCUAUUUCAGUUUGACCACAAGUAGAUCAGUUUCCUCUACAGAGACACGUUCAGUCCUACUACCCCGAAAAUCGCCUAUUAUGAUUUGGUUUAUUGUAUGUUACGCCCGAAACACACCCAUGAUUCAUUAGAGUAAGAAGAGAGUAGGUGCCUCUUUAUUGGGGGGGGAGAGAGAGAUCUAAAUAAGCCAAAAAGCACAUUCUUUAGUUAAAUUAUUAAAGUCAAUUUCAGCCAAUGUGAUGGAAAGAAAGAUCCGGUAAUGUUUUCCAGGAAUCCCUUUAAAGAAAAACUCUUAUACUCUGACUUUUUUUCAGAGGAUCUUUUUAGUUUGUUGUCACGAUCCAUCAAGCUUUGUGUUGUAGAGGUAGCCGGCCAAGUAGCGGAUCCCAUAUGUCACUCGCUACCCUAACUCCUUGUGGAUCCGUUCUUUCAGUCAUGACCAUGAGCUUGUGAGCACGCAGCAACUCAUCUCCAACCCGGAGAGAGCAAUCCUUUCCGGCAAAGAACUACGGCCCCGGCCUUGUCGCUGACUCUCAUCCCAACCACUUGCAAAACUGGCUGCAAACCUCCCCAGUGCGCAGAAGAGGUCACAUCCUGAUGUAGCCAACAGAAGCCCAUCUCUGGUGUUUUCAUCAUAUUGGCAGAAAUUCAGGGCCCAAAUUUAUGGAUUCACAGCACUUUGUGUGUCUGUGUGGGUGUGUAUAUGUGCAUGCAUGCAUGCUUGAAUCUAUGUAUGUGUGUGUUUGCAACCACAUUCCAAUAAUGGGUUUGGUGUCAAAGUAAACCAAUUGUUACGGCCAAGGACACGAUUUUCCUACAUUUCUCAAAGCGGAAGAAAUCUUGAUGUUGUGAAAGUUUACAAAACAUGCUUCUGAUAUGACAAGCAAAAGAAAAUGAUUAUGUAGCAUCAGCUGUCUGGACCAGAGAGGAAGUAGAGGAGUAACGCACAAUGAACUUACAAUCCAAAAACCUAUCAUCUAAUCAGUUAUUCACUUUUCAUUUGAUUUCUGUACGCUCAUGCAUGGUUACCAGCAGGGCAGGAAUCAUCCACCAGAAUAUUCCCGCAUCCGCCCAUCACUUGGAUGGGUCAAGUGGGGCAGGUGAAUGAGAGGCUGGGGCCCUUAAUGAAUGUGUAAUCAACUUUGUUCAACGAAUGCUCCUUGAAUGAACGUAGUGCAGGUGCCCGCUUUCGCUGCCUCUCGAAAACACACACUCCUGCACACACUCACAGAGCCGUCACUGAUGAGCGCUGUAGCGAUGGAGACAAAAGAUGCCAGCUUGCUGCUGAGAAGAGGCGCCAGGCAGGCUGCACAGUGGGGUGAAUAGUCUCAUCAGCACCAUCUCUUCCUGUGUUUCUAUCCAUCCCUCGCUCUCCAAUCAUGCCAAUUACAGCAAAGCAGAGGAGAGGGCAACCAAUCAAGCACAUGGAGAAAUGCCUCACACAAACAAGGAUAUGCACACACAAACAUGUGCUUGCAGGACUCAUCAUUAACUGGGGUGAGGAUGUAAAGGUUUGUCACAUCAGUGUGACUGGUGCAUGCUCAAGCCAAUUAGCUUUGAGAGUGCCCUCCACAAUGUAGAGUCGUUCAACGUCCUUACUUCAUGUAGCACUUAGAGAGCAACUAAUUCAUUCAAAUGUGUUAUUUGACGCAUAAACAGUAGAUGGGGCUUCAUCCAGAGUAAACACAUCAUUUGAGCCACGUUAUAAGAAUUUAUCAGACUGCAGUUAAAAACACAGCCUCUGCAACAAUGUCAAAAGGUGCAUUGCUUCAGCCAAGCUCAGUGUAGUUGUUUUGUGAGAUUAGUCGACCUACAGUGCUCUGUUUUCCUCAUGUUGUACAAAAUGAGCAUCUUUCCACCGCUUCCUUUUGUGAACAUUAUCAUGAACUAGACACUCUGAGCUGGAAAGACAACUCACCUUUAACGUGAUAUUGAUAUAUCUGUAUCUGUGUCGUGUUGUGAAAUGAAUUCAUCCAUGGAAAGAUGUACAGUGACACACCAGGUGGAUCUUGUGACUGUGUGUGAAGGCGAUUGGACUCUGGGGGAAGACGCAGACUCUGUGCCAUGUAAAGACAUUUUAAAGUACUAGUGCCUGUUACUAUACAAAUGGUCAGAUACCUCUCUCUGUUUCUGGAAACUAAAUACCACUGCUUUUGCUUGAUCUGCCCUGUGGCUGACGAUGAGCCGCUUGUUAUUAGUUUAGUCUAGCCACUAUUUAAUUCUUAUCUUUUAGCCUUGCACUGUGGUCUGCCUUACCACAGCUUUAUUGAUAUUUUCACAGUCAGUGAUUCUAUAUUGUUGAGGUACUUGCUCUUUUUAGUUUUGGAUUGAAUUGUCUUCAAUUAGAUAUUAAGGUGAGGUAGACAAAAAAUUACCUUUUCGUUUAACUCAAUUCAUUCAGGUUGACAUAUUGUUUUGCAUUACUUUGAAAAGUUAUUUCAGCUUUGCCCUGACUAGUCAGUAGCAAGUUGUAUUUUUGCUCCAUCAGUGUUAAUUUCAGUCAAGCUGUGGUAAACAAAAAUAAGAUCAGCAAACGUAAAAAAUGUUCAUAACAAUCAAAACCCAGAUAUCAAAUGUUCGUCCUCUGUAGGUAUAGUGACUAAAAGCUGCACGGACAUUUUUUUUUCUUUCUAAUAUGGUGUUCCCAAUUUAAUUCUGCCUGCUUAUCUCUGAUUGGCCGAAACAGCCAAUAAUAGACAUAGCAGUUCAUCACAUAAGGUCACGAACCACGUCAAAUGAAUCUCAAGAACAAAACAAGUCAGACACGCUAUUGAAACGUCACCACGAGCAAACACACAUAUACACACAGUUGUGUCACCAAAGAAAUUACAUUGACCUUCUUGAGACUAACCCUAACCUUAACCAUAGUUAUACCUGCCUAACCUUUGCCCUAACCUUAACCUGACCUAAAAACCCAUUUGCAUGCUAAACUUUAAUGAUUUACGUGAUGGGGACUUGCUUAGUAUCCCCAUAAGCAACUAGAAUAAAAGUGUAUCACACACACACACACACACACAAACAUAGUAGAGUGCUCUUCUAGUGACUAUUUUUGGGGAUUUGUCGACAAGAUAUAUUUAAAUCAUAACCUUAUUCUUGAAAGUGCCGACUCGUGGCUUUGAAUCAAUAGUUUACUUCACAGUUAUAUCCACACAACACAACUGUCAAGAGCUUUUAUUCCUUUGAAUGCAUAGUUACAUAAGUACAAUUCCUACUAUUACCCCAAUAUUUAGUUUCUGAUCCCUCAAAUACCCUCAACGCUGAGAGUCAGCCUCUUCAGCCCAGUCAGUGUUUCAUUUGAAGUCCAAUGUGCUCGAAUAUAGAGCUUAGAGACGUUGCUCAGUGUGUGACAAAAAUACAUAUGUGAUCAUAUAUGUGAUAUUGUAUGGGUAUUUUCUGACAUAGCCAUCUAUGUCAGUUUGAGCCCUAUAUUGUAUUGGUGUUAUGCGUGCUUCUAUCAUGCCUGCUUACUGAAAGGGAGAUAGGCUGAAAUGGCAUUUUAAAUAUCUUUCUCCAAACGUUCUAUCAUGCUUUUGUCAUUUGAAGAAAAAACCCAGCAGUAAAUCUUCUGUAUUUUUCUGUGUUUUCUGCUCUGAGGUGACUGUGUAUCUGUUACUGCCUCCAUUUGUGGAGUCACAUAUAAUGUACAGUGAGUGUUUUUAUCUGUGCUCUUUGCCAAAGUUAAAGUAUCAAUUUUAUUGUCUUCUAUCAAUAAAUAUUAA